GACCAGUGACGACGUUGUCAUACAUACGGUGAUACGCGAACGCUAACGGUGGACGGUAUCGCGACUGAUCGCGACUGUUGUAGUUGUCGAGAGCGCGCUUAGCGUUUGGCCUAAUCCGGUGGGCUCGUGGCGGAGGAGAUGAUCGUCGCUGGCGACAAUCGCGACAGCACGAGCGUAACGACGUGCCGGGAACCCACCGGUUUCGCGGCGGCGAUGUGAGCGAGAGGGUCGCGCUCGCGAGAGCGCCGUGCGGCGUCGUCGUAGUCGUCGUCGUCGUCGUCGUUGACGACCAGCAACCACGACGACCUGGCCAGCCAGUCGAGGGGUAGGAGGUGCGCGCGCGCGCACAACACGUCGCGACGGCUGCGUUGCCGUCGUCGUCGCUGAACGCGAUAUAUACGCGCGCAACUCACGUCCGCACGCGGCGGGAGACGGCGAGUCCCGAAGGGGAACACGAUGGCGGACUUCGACGCGAUCUAUGAGGAGGAGGAGGAGAACGAGCAGCACCUGGAGGAGCGUUACGUCGCGAUGGUACCGGACCCGAUCGUGAUCCGCGGGGCUGGCAACAUGACGGUAUUCGGUCUCAGUAACCGCUUUGAAUCGGAAUUUCCCAAUGGCCUCUUGUCCCGCGUAGCUCCAGAAGAGUUUAAAGCGACUGUUAUGAGAGUGAACAGUGUAUUGAAAAAGACUUUACCUGUUAAUGUUAAGUGGUUAUUCUGCGGUUGUGUAUGCUGUUGCUGUACCCUAGGAUGUUCUCUGUGGCCUGUCAUUUGCUUGAGCAAAAGGACUCAGCAUUCGUUAAACAAGUUGUUAGAGUGGGAAAAUAGUAGGCUCUAUCACAAGCUCGGUUUACAUUGGAGAUUGGCAAAACAAAGAUGCGAUAGCUCCUCAAUGAUGGAAUAUGUUCUUUUGAUUGAAUUUAUUCCAAAGAUUCCAAUCUAUAGGCCUGACUAAGCGAUGUCGGGUAAAUUUAUGCAAUUAAAUAAAUGCAAUUGAAUAUAAAUCUUGUGCAAAUAAUCAGUGCAAUGUGCAGCUAACGUGCAGAGAAAUGCAGAGAAGAUAAAGUGCCGCUGCGACGAUAUAGGUACUUUUCUGGUACUUAUGUAAUACAUAUUUUUGUAAAUAUGAUGGGUAGAAAUCGUAGAUCUUAUAAAUAUGGACUGGCAAUUGUGUUAUAGUUUUUGCAUUGGAAAUAGAAAGCGUUCGAAAUUAGUUGGAGACAUGUGCUUUAAUAUUAUAUCAGAAUUAAAAAUGAUUGCUUAUUUGCUACAACAUCGAUAUAACCUAAAAAUAAUUGUUUUUUAAUUGUUUGAAAAAAAGAAUUCUAAUGAGAGAAUUUAAUUCUCACUAAACGAAGAACUAAUAAUACUUUUAUUCUCCUACAAUCAAUAGAUCAAAUCAUUAUACCAAAAUCACAUUUGAAAGUAUAUUACAAAAUUUUGAUAAUUUAAAACAUGCCAACAAACAAAUUUUGAUGAUUCAAAGCAUGCCAAUUUUAAAACUUUAUUUUUUAAGUUGUGUCAUUAUUAACGAAUGAACAAUAUAUUGUAACAAAGAACAAAAUAAGGUUUUCUUUGAAAAUAUUAAAUGUAGAUAAAUAAAAAUAUACAAAAUAAAAUUUUGUAAAUUUGUAAGAGGUGAGAACUUCAAUGAAAUAUUCUAUAAUAUAAUAUUAGUCAAGCAUAAUUUUUAGACUCUUUUCAAAAGAAAAGUACGGACACUUGUUUACAUUGACAGGCUUGUUUGCAUUGCCAAUACAUAUCUAUAAGGUCUAUGGUAGGAAUGCAUAGUACAAUUAUUCGACGUAACGAAGAAUGGGUCACGUCUUAUAGAACGAAAAUUAUAAAAAGAAAGAGUCAGCUGCUAUUUCUUCACAAUUAAUUUAAACGUUAAAGAAAAUAUUACAAACAAAUCGAAUAAUUAUUUUCUCGGAAAUAUUCCUUAUUUCUGUUUGGAAUAAAUACGAUCAUAGAUUCUCGUGUCAUUUAAUAUAUUUUUAAAUUUCAUUGCGCUUGAAACUACUCGACAGCUUUAUUUAUCAUUGUUUAGUCGUUGCAAAAAUAAUCUCAUCAUUUUUUUUUUAUUAAGUUCUUUUUGUAACAUUUGGUCAUCUAUACUCGUCAACUAGGGUUUAAGCUUUUUCAGGUAAGAAAUUAAUCUGAUUCAGUACAACGAAUGUAUUAAAGUACGGAUAAUAACGCGUCAAAAUGAGUCACGUUAAUCAAUCUGUCUGAUCGUAUAAUGCAACACGCGCGCGCGCUCAUGUUGUACAUACAUACGUGUACAUACAUAGAAACUUAUUUUAACUGUAGGUUAAUUCCUUAUCACGGUGAUAUUAGAAAGUAUGAUAUGUAAAGCACAGCUUUACUUUCUGAUACAAAUUUGACAAGAUAUUUUAACACAAAAGAAUCAUUUGGGACGAAGUUCGCGUUGUCAUGUGCGAUUAAAGUAUCGACAUAGAUUAUAGAAGAGAUAUAAGUAGCAAUCGCUGAUAAAUAUAAAAUAUAUUGACGAGACGAAAUUUUAAUUACGAAACGCACCAGUCUAUAAUAGGGCAAACAGUACACAGCUGUAGAAUAGCAUCAGCGCAAUUACCGGGCACAGAAAGACAUAGCGAAUAUUGUAGAAGACUGCCAUGAAUGAGCUCAUUGAUUCUUGUGUUUUUCUUUUUUGCUGUAGAAGUUAACAUUAUCAAUUUUUACGCUUACAUCGCUGCAUAAUAUUGUGUCCGCGUGUGACCUUAGAAAAAUGAUUAGCGCACGGACAUUUCUGUCACAUAUCCGUUUUCAUUUUAAGAGUAAUGUUUAAACUAGUCUUAAGAAUGGUGAAAUUGUUCAUUAAUAAAUUUUAAUUUUAUGGCUAAUAUAUUUUAAUUUACUUAAGUGGUACUGCUCUAUCAUAGUACUGUUUACUCUAUUCUUGUUAAUAAUAUAUUGCUUCUCAUAUAAAACAGGGAUAGGAUACUGAAAUAUCAGAACAAUGUCUCCCAUGUAAAGGAACUUUGUUGUGUAGGCACUAUUUUACAUUAUACAGUUCAAUAUGGUUCCGUACAGAUAUUUCUCUAUUAACAACAUGUCUCAUAUGCGAUUAAUGGAUAGAUCGAGCAAAUUUACUAAUCUCGCCCAGGCGCCCGCAAAGCAUAAAACGGUUGUAGGAAAAUACGCAAAAAAGCAUGUGAAAAUACUGCAAGUGUUUCUGUUGCUGUUCAGUGGCUGUGAUCGAGAAUAAAAGACUAGCUUUGAAUUUGAAUGUGUAUCGCAAACAGCUACACAUAACGCCCGUGCUUUAUCUUAUGCGGUUUUACACGUAAAGCCUUUUAUAGAAUACCAGAUUUAUACUCUGUUUCUUUAAUAUUUGUACUUAUUCUAUAGAAUAAUUAAGUCAAAGUGACAAGCGUUGCAUUAGAGGCGUCUGUCGUGUAGAUUCAUAAUGCUAUAUUGCCAUAUCUGAUUUCAAUCAAAUAGGUAUUUAAUCCAUUAAUUAUCGAUAUCUUGAAAAAUGGUGCAAACAAAUUUAUAUGUAUAGAUUCUCAUUUCACUCGAUGGAAAUAUUGUGGAACGAUUAUACUCUCGAUGAUCUGUUGAAUAGUUGUUAAUAUGUCGAAUAAUAAGAGUGUCAUAAGCGAUCAUAAAAAUCACAUUGUCAUAUUUUCGGACACGUGUGUACUAACAAAUUGUUAUAUGAUUAUUAUUUUUCCAAUAAUUCUAUAGCGGGCAGAAGUGUCGAUAUUUCUGUAUGUAAUGUCCUUUUAAUCGAUCCAUUGAACAAAUAUUGAAUUUUAUAUAUAUAUAUAUAUAAACAUAUAUAUAGAAACCGAGAUAUAAUGUGUAAUGGAAUUAUGCGUAUGUGCUUUCCAAACUGGCUAUCGCGAUCCUCUUGGUAGCGUAUAAUAAAAUUAAGGCUGUGUUAAAUCGGUCAAAGUGAGGGACGCAGAAUACGGUUCUAAACUAUGCUUAAAAACAAUUCUCGCAUAUUAUUAGGAAAUGAAGAUUACUUAAUAUAUCGAUAAAUCAGAUUUUCUUCCAAUGUUCGCGUUUUCUUAAGAGGGUUUUCCAUUUUAUCGCACUGAUUUUUUAGAAAAGUGAGUGAAUAUUUUUCGAAAUUAUUUUUUACCCUUUAUUUAUCAUUGUUUGAAGAUUGAUUUUUUUUAAGUAAAUUUUUUUUUAAUGGCCACAAGUGUUCUGAUCAAAAUAAUGCAUGAGGUUUUAAUUUCAGUCUAGAUACGAAAUUAUGUUUAUCGAUGAACCGUGUAGCGAUUAAACGGGUUUACUAUUAAUAAAGCAUUAUUUAUAUAUUUUAUUUAAAAAUAUAGAAAAUUAUUCUUUGAACAAUAAUUAACAAAGAACAAAAAGUAAUUGUGAAAAAUAUUUACCAAUUUUAUUUAAAUUUUCCUAAACUUGAAAAAUUAAAGCAGAAAAACCCUCUUAAAUACCAAAAACGGUCUAAUUGCGCUUUUUCGAAAUAUGUACACCAAGUAUAAGAAAGCAGAUAAAUGCAUGUAAUGUUAGCCACGCUCAGUUUGCAAGUGAUGUAACAACACAUACACUUAGUUUGUUAAUUUAUUAAUAUUUUAAUAUACAGUUAUAAAGGCCACGUAUACUAAAAAAUUAAGUCUAUAUGACUUAUAUAUGUAUAUUGUCUACGCGAAAAUUUACAUAAUCCUUUCUUUGCAUAGACCAUGAACUAUGUAAACUUUGUAAAAAAAAAGGAACAAACAAUUUGUUUUCCACGUUGACGUUUUUAUCAUUGUGCACAAAUUAAUAUUUUAGAUACAAGAAAAAAAGAAUAUUAAUUCCUAACAUCAAUUAAGCACGAUAAUUGCAAUGUAACAUCAAGGAAAUAACUACAAAAACUAAUUGCUUAUUUCAAAGAUAAUAACAGGCAAAUUGUUUUAUAUGUAGAUGAUAGUCUAUCUAGAUUAUGAUACAUGAUGACACGUAAUUUGCAUAGUCCACAUAGACAUAGAUGAUUGAUGUUUUAUGCGUAGUUUUUCUUGAACGGUUGGUUUAAUAACAAAACUCACUUUAAAAAUUGUGCAUUUUAACCGAGUACACUUUAAUAGUCUGAAACUAUUUUUCAAUUUGCAUUGUUUUGCAGAGAAGCUCAGCUAGUAUCGUUGGAUGAAUGAACGGAGAGAGAAAUAUCAAAGCACAUCAUUCGACAAAGAUUUUUCGAUUUGCUCAUAUCAUUCAGUGCACCGCUCAUGAAUGCCCAUAUAAAUAUAUAAACUUAUAUUUAUUUUAAAUUAUAAACACAAACAGAUGUAUAUCGCAAGGAAGCCAAUUAUCUGAAAUUGGUUUAGUUUCUAGAUCUGUUUCAUUUAUUAUUACUUGAGGGAUGGAAUAUAUCACUCCAAAGAGAGAGUGGAAAUAUUUUUUCAGUAAGGUUUUGUGUGCGGAUUUACAUAGAUAUUGAUGUUAAGGCGUAAGAGUGUGUAACAGUAAUGUAAAUAAGAGAUGAUGAAUCCGCGAGGGAAUGUACAGCGAGUCGAGAUUUAUAAUAUUAAUGAUUACAUUACGGAACAUCAAAGGAAAGGAAUAUAUUUUUGAUAGAAGAGAAAUGUGUGCGUAAUGAUUAUCGGAAAAUUUGAAUCUAGAAUUUGUUAAAUUUACGUUUCUCAGAUUGAAUAUUUUUUUUAAUGCAACUUGCGUAUAUCACGAAGAGAUAUCGAGAAGAUAUCGACGACAAUUUAAUCAAUACGAGUAAAUUACAUAACAUCGCAUAUCACGUUACAUUAAACUAAAUAUAUUAGUUACAUUAGAUGUAACUUGCCAAAGCAUUUAUUUACCUAACAUUUUAAAGUUGAAGUCAAUAGGCGAAUCGUAGUUGCAAAAGCGGCUAAUAGUGAAAUUAUUGUCGAGCUAUCGUGGUUUCAACAUGUGCCUUUUACUCGUGAAUUUGUGUGAAUCAUAUAAAUGUAAAUAUUAUAUGUUAAUAUUACAUGUUAAGAAAUAUAUUUGUAUAGAAUGAGAGUGGUUCCUAUAUAUAUAUUAUGCAUAAAUGAUAUAAUUACCCGCAAAAAAGCUCGCGAUAUCGUUGCACAAGAUUACACGACGAAUCGAAAUAGCAUAUCAUCAGUUCGUAGUGGAUAGAAGCUAUCCCUUCAGAGCAUUAUAACAUUGAGAUGCGAAAAUGUGAGAUACGACGUAACGAGAUAUACGUAAAUAUAUCAUUUCAAGCUUUUGAUUAACAGUCGAUAUAAUGCAAUUUAUUGUAUAACGACUAAUUGUUUUCCGCUACGAUUAUCUUUUAUACACAUUGUUUGUUAGCCACGUAAAUUUGUGUAAAAUACUGUGUUAAUUGUGUUUUUCAGUUUGAAAUAAAACAUACGAUUGUAUAAUA